AUGGCCCUGCCGAUUGUGCAUGCGGACAGCUGCCGCUGCGUCAUCGACCAGAGCUGCCGCUGCGUCAUCGACCAGAGCCGCCGCUGCGUCAUCGACCAGAGCUGCCGCUGCGUCAUCGACCAGAGCCGCCGCUGCGUCAUCGACCAGAGCCGCCGCUGCGUCAUCGGGCCUGCCCAGAACGACGCCAUCAACAUCGACUUUGUCGUCGACCUCGCCCAAAGCUACCACGUCGACCUCGGGCAGCGGGGCGCUUCUCUCGGUACCGGUCUCGUCGACGACCUUGUCGUGGGCGAUCGACCGACGGCCUUUGAUGCAGUCGUGGUAGCCUCGUUCCCGCUGCCAUAUCUUCCGCUCUGUCUCAUUCCACCGCAGCAGCUUGUCGCUGCGUACCCGCAGCUGGCGGUGGCGGUAUCGGGCUCGGACGGCGUCAUCCACGCCUAUGCGGUAGGUGACGGCGACGGGUGGCGACUGCCCGACGACCUGGCAUCGCUUCCGGAGCAACUGCCGGUCAUCGAGCUCGCAGCCGACGCGCAUCCGUUUGCCGCCCUCAACCGGGCCGGCGAUGCGGCGGCGUCAGUUGUUGUGGCAGACAUAGCGCCGUCACCCGAUGGCACCCUCCUCGCGGUCGGCUUUGACGACGGCCGCGUCCAGGUCGGGUACGUCGACGCGCUCGCCGCGGGCAGCCCGCCGCAGUCGGGGUGGAUCGACGGCCCGGUCUCUGCGCUCUCCUUUUCGCGGCCGCCUCUCUCGCCGGGCGACGCCGCGCUGCUUGCGGCGGCACACCCGGACGUGGCAGACCACAUUGCGGCCCUUGCCGCCACCGCGCCCGACCUCUAUCUCGUUGCCGGCGGGUCGGCCGGCUCGGUCACGGUCUUUCCGCACCCGCUCGUUACCCUCGACGCCCGCUUCCCGCUCGCCCUCCCGCCGCUCCACGAGUACAACUCGAUUACCGGCCUCGGCUUUGCCGAUCUCACUGCGUCGGGUGUCAAUGAGCUGGUGGUCUCGACCUAUGAGAAGGAGCUAUGGGUGUAUUCGGUGUCGGGGAGCGCGGUCGCCGGCGAUCUCGACUUUGAGCUCGCCUCACGCCUCCGCCUCUCGCGACCGGUCCUCUCCUUUGCCUUUGUCGACCUCUCCGCCGACGGCUCGCCCGAGUUUGUCGUAGUCACCCGCGCCGCCGUCCACGUCUUUGUCCACCUUCCGCGAGUGGGUGCGGGAGCCGGACCAGCCGAGGACGCGCCUGCUAGCGAGAGCUAG